AUGGCUGAUAAUACAGACGACUAUUCAUACGAUUACGAAUACUUAUACAAGAUUGUCCUUAUUGGUGAUUCAGGCGUUGGUAAAUCCAAUUUAUUAUCACGUUUCACCCGUAAUGAAUUCAAUUUAGAAUCUCGAUCAACUAUUGGAGUAGAAUUUGCUACCCGUACAUUAGAAAUUGAUGGUAAGAGAGUCAAAGCACAAAUCUGGGAUACUGCCGGACAAGAAAGAUAUCGUGCUAUUACUAGUGCUUAUUAUCGUGGUGCUGUUGGUGCAUUAAUUGUUUAUGAUAUUGCUAAGACUGAAAGUUAUGAAAGUGUAAGUAGAUGGCUUAAAGAAUUGAAAGAACAUGCUGAUUCUAAUAUUGUUAUUGAAUUGGUUGGGAAUAAAUCUGAUUUAGAUCAUUUAAGAGCAGUACCAACUGAAGAAGCUAGGAAUUUUGCUCAAGAAAAUAAUUUAUUAUUUACUGAAGCAAGUGCUUUAAGUUCGGAUAAUGUUGAUUUAUCAUUUCAUCAAUUAUUAAAGAAUAUUUAUGAAAUGAUUUCAAAACAUCAAUUGGAUACUAAUGAACAAGGAGGAAUAAACAAACCAACAACUGGAGGUCCAACUAUUUCAUUAACACCUGCUCCCCAAGAAAGAAAGAAUAAGAAUGCCGGUGGAUGUUGUUAG